AUGGCUCAUACAGCGGUCGCGUCGGCCGAUGACAGCGACGACAUUGGUGCGCGUUUGUCCAGGCUCAACCUUCCGCAGAAGCCCUUGAUUAUGGAGAAAGUAAACAAUGAGGGGGACUUGAAGCGGUGCCGACAUCAUGAGGCUGACCAGUGUUUCUGCUACGAGUACUUGACCCUGCUGGAUAGGCCAGACUACAAGGACAAAUGGCUCCCGGACAGCCCCGAACCCGAGACGAAGCCUUUGAGGGUCAAUGGAAGUGCUCCCACACCCGGAAGCGGGAGUGUGCCGAGCGUCAACGGGACUGCAAAGUCACUGACGGCGAAGAAGUUUAGCUUGGACCAGUAUUUUGCGGGAAAGACACCGGCAAAGGCCUCGGCUCCGCCCACCGCAUCUGCCCCUUCAACGGCCUCGAAGAAUUCACGGACGACGGUAAAGAAGUGAGUUUUUUUUUUUUUUUUUGUUCCUUUUCCCUUCGGUGGUUCCACGGUACUGACGGCGCUCGCGAAGGCCUGUGGAGGAUAGGACUCCGGAGAGACGGGAGGCUGUGGUUAGGAGCUCUAAGGAGGUGCGGGUGGCACCGGCGCGAGAAGGACCGCCCCCCAAGAAACGGCAGAGAACCGUGACUCCGCCGCCCUUGCGCCCUCCUCCACCGCCAGCGAUGGCUGCCCCGACUCUGCCCUCGCUCCCGCCAUUAUUGAGUCCUACACUGCCGCAGGCUAUCGAGGAAGCACUUGCCCAGGAGGAUAGGGACAGGGACAGGUCACGCGCCAAAAGGGAUGAGGGUCAUUCCGAAGGCUCGGCAACUUUGAAGCGGCGACAGAGGGCGGGUUCCAAUGCUAGUGACAAGGGAAAGAAGCCUAUAGCUUCGGGAAAAAAACUGCCGGGAUCUACAUCUAGCACUCCCCGCCACGCUCUCCAGUCGCCCAGCAAAGCGGUCGGAAGCAAAACGAUCCCGAGGAGCGCUCUUGGCGGCAACACCACCCCCAAGGCGGUAUCCGCUAAGACGGUGAGCAAGCGACCGGUGAGUCCGAAGCCAUCUGGCUCCCGCGCCUCGUCGAAAUACCCGACCCCGUCGGAAUCGGCCUUCUCGCUGGUUGUCAGGUUAAAGUUCAGCCGGCGUCGCAUGAAGGACGUUGCGAGCUUGUUACGGCUGAAACCUAACCCUAAACGGAUUCGCCAAGAUGAGGAUCAGCAGCACUCGUCAGCGCCUCCUGCCAAACGGCAGAAGGGGGCCGAUAGCCUCAACUCUUCGGCCACGAGGUCUCCCGCCUUCAAGUCUCCGGCAUUGAAGGCGCCUAAGGAGCGGGACAUGGUUACACCCCCGAAGAAGCUUAGCAGCGCUGCGGCAUUGAAACGCUCCGACUCUGAGGGACGUGUUCCUACACCGGCCAAGGGAGAGAGAAACGGGGGGAGAAACGGUGUGGGUUCGGGAGCUCCACCUAAGGAGCUGACUCCUGCUAUCUUGGCGGAGGCUCACGGGUUUAGGAGGGAAUUUUCUAGGCAAGAUAUACUCGAUCGCUUCUGGUUGAUUGAUUGGCUGGUUGGGCUAACGAUCAUAUCACAGGUUCUCCGAGUUCGGGAAAAAUGCCAAAUAUGAAGCUGACCGGGUCUUCAAGUCGCUGGACGGGCCAACAGUCGACCGGGAUAAGCUCCGAUAUUCUACGGUUGUUCUCACGGACUCGGUCCUGUGCUUCAUGAUCUCCUUCUCCUUCGAGCAGGAAGCAAAACUGCUGGAGCGUCGUUUCCCACCGGUGGACAUGUGGAAGUCGAUUAUCCCGCUCUGUCUCUUUGUCGCCGAAAAGGCCGUGCCAUACCCAUACCUCUUUGGCCUCAUGUAGGUUCCUCUUGCUUCCCCACAUUUGCCAAUCGGUCCUUGUCCAUAUCACCAAUGACUAACGCGUCCCAAUCAAUAGUAAGCAACUGGAGGCCGUGGUUCGCCAGCACGUCUUUGACCUCGAAAUAGCGCAGUACGAUAAGAUGCCCAUCCCGGACACAGCCUCCAAAGCGCCGACCCCCGACUCGAGCGGGAAUAGCGCCAGCGACCAAAUGAAGGCCUACCAAAUGUUCAAAUCUGCCCUCACAAAAUCCUCCCGUGAACUGAAGGAUUGCUGGCUCAUGGGCAAUAAGGGGCUCACAUACGAUGACAUACAGGUCAAGUUCCCGCAGACCUACGCCUUGAGGAGUAAGAGGUUUGUUCAUCCCAACACUAUCAAUGUUAAGAACGGGCAGUUCAAGCAGGCAUAUCAAUUGCCCUUGCACAGGAAUUCGGCUAUGCUCGAGGCGGUGAACUUUGGAUAUGCCUUUUUGCUAGAGUGGGUUGCUGGGGAGGGGAUCAAGUUUCAGAGCAGGCUGGCGGAGACGUUUCGGUAG